AUGGUGCAGUACUAUAGGUAUCAUCAGUUAAAGAAAGGUGACCAUCAACAUGUAGAAGAAGAUGAGAUGCUAUCCUUGAUGUGUGCACCAAACUCUGGUUAUUUCAAGAGAACAAGGCCUAAGCUUUUUACUCUGCUCCUCCUCUCUCUUCUCUCUUGCUGUCUUAUUUUAGCUCCUCACUUGUUUUGCUCUUCCUCUGCCCUUUCUCUUUUGUAUUCUUUUGGUGUAGAAAGUGACGGGGUUGCUGCAAAUGUAAAUGCAAAAGCUUAUUUGUGCUCUUCGAUUUCUAAUGGAACCAUAUGUUGCGACAGAAGUAGUAUUCGUACAGAUGUCUGUGUUAUGAAAGGGGACGUAAGAACACACUCUGCCUCUUCUUCAAUCUUCUUAUACACCUCAAGAUAUACCAAUGCUGUGAUUGAAAAUGUUUCGAGUUUUGUUGAUAAAGAAGAGGAACUCCAACGCGAAAAGGUCAAACCAUACACCCGGAAAUGGGAAACGAGUGUGAUGGACACAAUUGAUGAAUUAGAUCUUGUUGUGAAGACAGAGAAUUUUAGGAAUAACCAUCAUUGUGAUGUCAAGCAUGAUGUACCGGCAGUGUUCUUUUCGACUGGAGGCUACACUGGCAAUGUUUAUCAUGAAUUCAAUGAUGGGAUUUUGCCAUUGUUCAUUACAUCGCAGCAUUUCAAGAAGAAGGUUGUGUUUGUUAUUCUUGAGUAUCAUGAUUGGUGGAUUAUGAAGUAUGGAGACAUUCUUUCACGUCUUUCAGAUUAUCCUGCCAUUGAUUUUAGAAGAGACAAGAGAACCCAUUGCUUUCCUGAAGCCAUUAUUGGUCUUAGAAUCCACGAUGAGCUCUCAGUGGACCCUUCACUGAUGCAAGGGAAUAAAAGCAUUGUUGAUUUUCGCAAUGUUCUGGACCGAGCUUACUGGCCUCGAAUUAAAAGUUUGAUCAAAGAAGAAGAAAGAGGAGCUCAAGAAAAACUAAAACAGAAAGCACAUUCAUCAUCCUCAUCACCAGGAACUUCAUUGGACAUCAGAAAGGAAAUGCAUGACGCAACCUUUAAGAGACCGAAGCUGGUCAUUUUAUCUCGAAAUGGGUCUAGAGCUAUAACUAAUGAGGAUUUAUUAGUGAAGAUGGCUGAAGAAAUUGGAUUUAGAGUUGAAAUGGUGAGGCCUCAAAGAACAACAGAACUAGCCAGGAUUUAUGCAGCACUUAAUUCAAGUGAAGUUAUGAUGGGUGUCCAUGGUGCUGCCAUGACUCAUUUUCUGUUUAUGAAGCCUGGCUCUGUUUUUAUCCAAGUUAUACCUCUAGGAACAGAAUGGGCAGCUGACGCUUAUUAUGGGGAGCCUGCAAGGAAGCUGGGUUUAAAGUAUAUUGGCUACCAAAUUCUUCCUAGAGAGAGUUCGUUGUAUGACAAAUACGAUAGGAAUGAUCCUGUUCUUCAAAAUCCCAGUAGUGUGUCUGAUAAGGGAUGGCAAUACACAAAGUCCAUCUAUCUUGAUAGCCAAAAUGUGAGGCUAAACCUUGGAAGAUUUCAAAAGAGGUUACUUCGUGCUUACAGGUACUCAAUCGCAAAAAUGAAUCACAGAUCUCAUCUCCAAUCACAGUGA